AUGGCUCUGCCUCUGAGGUCCUUCAGUAGGGGUUUGGCGAGUGCUGCCAAGGGAGACCACGGAGGGGCAGGAGCCGGCACCUGGCGCUUUCUGACCUUCGUGUUGGCUCUCCCGAGCGUGGCCCUCUGCACCCUCAACUCCUGGCUCCACGCCAAGCACCAGGAGCGACCCAGAUUCAUCCCCUACCACCACCUCCGUAUCCGCACGAAGCCCUACUCUUGGGGGGACGGCAACCACACUCUUUUCCACAAUCCUCACGUCAACCCUCUGCCCACCGGCUAUGAACGGCCCUGA